UCAUGGGGCCCCCGGGCAAUAGGGGAUCAUGGGGCCCCUGUGUCCUUGCCCAAACUCAAAAAAGCCUAUGAAAAAGGUACCAGGAGCAUCUCAUGGAGCCCCCUACUGACCCCGGGCCCUCGGGAAGUGCCCGAGUUUCCAAAUGGUCAGUCCGCCCCUGUUGCGCAAGCAUCAUGAUAUGGGGAUGUUUCUCAUACUACGGUCACUCAUUCCAAAUCUUUCUCUCCGCAGGGGAACAGCAGGGAGAAGUCUCCUCCUGACCUGAACUUUCGGGAGUGAAUACCCAGCA